CCUCCUCCCUCGGGGUCCCUCCACUUCCCCCCAUCUCUCUGAGGGACCUCGGUGCCUCCUCUCCCGGCCUCCUGGAUUGGUAGCCUGAGUGAGGAGGGCUGGGCACGGAGCCAGGAGGUGGGGACUCGGCUUAGGCAGCUAAUCAGGUCACAGGGUGAAAUUAAAAGGGAGGAGGAAAUCACCGACCCAUCAGAAUGUGCGCUCCUUCCUGGUGACUUGGUGCCCAGGAGAGGAGCUGGGGAGACCGGGCGCGCCGAGGCCGGGAGCCAGGGGCGCAGGAUGGCCCCGCAGAGAGCGGUGCAGCUGUCCCUGAAGAAGCCCACCUAUGCCGUGUGUGUGGUGGGAGUUGAGACGUACGUGGACGUUCACAGUGAUGUGCCCAAGGGUGCCGAGACCUUCGGGGUCUCCGGGAGCCCCGGAGUGGAGGUGUUCGUGAUCUAUGACCCAGCACGGGUGACAGUGCCCACAGGCAAGACCCACUGGCCCCUGGACGCCAACGUAGAUGUGACCGUAUCCGUGGACGCGGCCAGUAAGGCCUUACAUGAUCUCAAGGUGAAGGUCUCCUACUUCGGGCGGCAGGAGGCUGGCGCCCUGGGCCACAGCGUGCUUUACCUUACCGCUGUCGACGUGUCCCUGGAUGUCGACACGGGUCGCACGGGCAAGGUGAAGAGGAACCACGACGACAAGAAAACCUGGCGCUGGGGCCCUGAGGGCUAUGGGGCUGUCCUGCUGGUGAACUGUGACCGGGACAGUGUCGUGUCCGCGGGGCCCGACCUCACCAACAGCCAGCUGGCAACACUGGAUGACCUGCAGGACAUGUCCCCCAUGGUGCUGAGCUGCGACGGCCCAGACAGCCUCUUCAACACCCACAAGCUGGUCUUGGAUGUGCCGUUUUCUGAUUCCAGAAGAGUGGGGGUCUUCUGCGCUAGGGGUGGGACUUCCCUUGAGGACUACAAGCAGGUACUGGGACCUCAGCGUCUGUCCUACGAAGUUGAGCGGCAGCCGGGGGAGCGGAAGAUCAGCUUCUUUGUGGAGGGACUCGCCUUCCCCGACGUUGAUUUCUUGGGGCUGGUCUCCCUCAGUGUCAGCCUGGUGCACACGGGGACUCUGCCUGAGGUGCCCCUCUUCACAGACACCGUGGCCUUCCGCGUGGCCCCCUGGAUCAUGACCCCCAACACCCAGCCCCCCCUGGAGCUGUACGCGUGCAGUGUGGUAGACUCCCAUGGCUCAAAUAAGAAAUUUCUGGAAGACAUGUCUGACCUAGCGUUGAAAGCCAACUGCAAGCUGAUCAUCUGCCCUCAGAUUGAAAAUCGAAAUGACCGCUGGAUCCAGGACGAGAUGGAGUUUGGCUACACUGAGGCCCCUCACAAGGCCUUCCCAGUGGUCUUUGACUCUCCCCGAAACAGAGGCCUGAAGCAUUUCCCCUACAAGCGGAUCCUGGGUCCCGACUUUGGAUAUGUAACCCGGGAGAUCCUAUUCGCUGGUGCCUCUAGCCUUGACUCUUUCGGCAACCUGGACGUCAGCCCGCCCGUCACGGUGGGCGGCAAGGAGUACCCGCUGGGCCGGAUCCUCAUCGGCAGCAGCUUCCCCAAGUCCGGUGGGAGGCGAAUGGCCAAGGUGGUGCGGGACUUCCUCCAGGCCCAGCAGGUGCAGGCGCCCGUGGAGCUCUAUUCCGAUUGGCUCUCUGUGGGCCACGUGGACGAAUUCCUGAGCUUUGUGCCCACCUCCGACCAAAAGGGCUUCCGGCUGCUUCUGGCGAGCCCCAUCGCUUGCCUCAAACUGUUCCAACAGAAGAAAGAGGAGGGGUACGGGGAGGCGGCCCAGUUUGACGGGUUAAGACACCGAGUGAACAGAAGCAUUAAUGAGAUGCUGGCCGACAGUCGCCUCAGGAGGGACAGCCUCUACACACAGAAAUGCAUCGACUGGAACCGGGAGGUGCUGAAGCGGGAGCUGGGCCUGACCGAGCAGGACAUCGUGGACAUCCCCCAGCUCUUCUUCCUGAAGGGCUCCCACGCGGAAGCCUUCUUCCCUGACAUGGUCAACAUGGUGGUCUUAGGCAAGCACCUGGGCAUCCCCAAGCCCUUCGGGCCCAUCAUCGACGGCCGCUGCUGCCUGGAGGAGAAGGUGCGGUCCCUGCUGGAGCCUCUGGGCCUCCGCUGCAUCUUCAUCGACGACUAUUUGUCCUACCACGAGCUGCUGGGGGAGAUCCACUGCGGCACCAACGUGCGCCGGCAGCCCUUCUCCUUCAAGUGGUGGCACAUGGUGCCCUGAGCCCCCCUCCACCCGCCGUCCUCUCUGCCCACCUGCCAGGGAGCCCCACCAGGGAAGGGGGCGAGGAACUUCCACCCGGCCCCCGUCCUCGUGGGGGAGCCUCGGGCGCGUCUCCUCGAGUGCCUGUGAAUGUGCUGGCCACCGCAGGCCCCGGGACGCAGCGACGGACGCCCACACCCUCACCUCUGGAGUGGCCUGCACAGCCCGAGAGGGACCGUCCUCAUUCCUCCCUCCCUCUUCCCGAUCCGCCACUCCCAGAGGUUCUGGAAAAGAGCAACGGCCUCAGCACGUUCAAGGGCAGCCGCGUGUGGCCGCGGCUGUGCCCGACUUUGAGUCGCUCUCCCUCUGUUCUGAUAUUCCUCUCGCGGGUCUGCACCGGGAACGGCAUCCAUGGGGCCUGGGCUCAGAGGCAGGGGCCUGGUCUGUGGUUCUUGCAAGAGCAGGUGCAGGGAGGCGAGGCAGCCUCUUUUCCCGACCAGCUGUCCUCUCCUGCAGGGGACCCUCAACAUGUGACCUCCCAGCACCCCUCAGCCAUAUUUAUAGAGGCAAAUAAGGACAGGAAAACCUAGCAUCUGGGGCAACAAAACCCUUUAAUACCUGACUCCGUCCUCAGAAGGGUGCUUGUUACCUGUUUAGAAGGCCUUUAAUUACGAGUGCUGGCUGCUUCCGCCCCGAAACGCUGAGAGGCCAGAGAGAGGCCUCAGGAGGGCACACGCGAGGAAGCCUGGCAGGCGGGAGGCCAGGAUGGUGGAGGGGGCCGAGGCAUGAGGACAAACGGCGGGGCCUGGCCUCUGUGUCUUAGGUCUCCCUGCUUCCGAUUCUCGACUCUGGAUGUGAAGGGGGCUGGCCGUUCCAGAUGUCACAGGGGAUAGGAGCCCAGAUGUUA